AUGGGGCUCACCGUCCUCUUGGUCCUUGCUCUCCUCUCAGGCCUCUUACUUCUCAUGUUCAGGGGCCACCCAAAGACCCAUGGCCACCUCCCACCAGGUCCACGUCCUCUGCCCUUCCUGGGGAACCUGCUGCAGAUGGACAGAAAAGGGCUGCUCAAAUCAUUCCUGCAGUUCCGAGAGAAAUAUGGAGAUGUGUUCACCGUGUACCUGGGGCCAAGGCCUGUAGUCAUGCUGUGUGGGCCAGAGGCCAUACGGGAGGCCCUGGUGGACCAAGCUGAGGCUUUCUCUGGCCGGGGAACAACUGCUACCAUGGAGCCUGUCUUCCAGGGAUAUGGGGUGGUGUUUGCUAAUGGGGAACGCUGGAAGGCCCUUCGGAGAUUCUCGUUGACCACCAUGAGGGACUUUGGGAUGGGAAAGCGGAGCGUGGAGGAGCGGAUUCAGGAGGAGGCUCAGUGCAUGUUGGAGGAGCUGCGAAAAUCCCAGGGAGGCCUUGUGGACCCCAUAUUCCUCUUUCAUUCGGUGACGGCCAACAUCAUCUGCUCCAUUGUCUUUGGAAAACGCUUUGACUACAAAGAUCACCAGUUCCUGAGGCUGCUGGACCUGUUCUAUAAGACCUUUUCACUGGGCAGUUCCUUUUCCAGCCAGGUGCUUGAGCUCUUCCCCAGCAUCCUGAAACACUUUCCUGGCCCACACAGGGAAAUCUACAAAAACAUGCAGGAAAUCAACACUUUCAUUGGCCACAGUGUGGAGGAACACCGUGACACCCUGGACCCCAGCAGCCCCAGAGACUUCAUCGAUACCUUCCUGCUCCGCAUGGACAAAGACAAGGCUGACCAGCACACUGAGUUCCACCACAAGAACCUCAUCCUGACCUCGCUUUCGCUCUUCUUUGCUGGCACGGAGACCACCAGCACAACUCUCCGCUAUGGCUUCCUGUUUUUACUCAAAUACCCGCAUAUCACAGAGAGAGUCCAAAAGGAAAUUGAACAGGUGAUUGGCUCACACCGCCCGCCAGCCUUGGAUGACCGAACCAAAAUGCCAUACACUGAGGCUGUCAUCUGUGAGAUGCAGAGAUUUGCGGACCUCCUCCCCAUUGGUGUGCCCCACGUGGUCACCAAAGACACGUCCUUCCGAGGGUUCGUCCUCCCCAAGGGCACGGAAGUAUACCCAAUCCUGUCCACUGCUCUCCAUGACCCACGUCAUUUUGAAAAACCAGACACCUUCAACCCUGAUCACUUUCUGGAUGCUAAGGGGGCACUGAGGAAGAGUGAAGCUUUUAUUCCCUUCUCCAUGGGGAAGCGUAUCUGUCUUGGAGAAGGAAUUGCCCGUGCUGAGUUGUUCCUCUUCUUCACCACCAUCCUCCAGAACUUCUCCAUAGCCAGCCCAGUGCCUCCUGAGGACAUUGACUUCACACCCCAGGAGUGUUUUUCUUCCUCUGUGGAAGGCACACUUGGACUCCACCUCUUGAGCUGCGUGAUUCUGUACUGGCAUCAUGGAUUCCCUCAUAUUUUGCUUUAAAUCUCCUGAGAACCAUCUAAACCUGAAAAGCUUGAU